AUGGCUGAGUUCGACGCGAACAACAACAGUGCUCUGCCGUUACCGGAAAAAGCGCAAGAAAAAUACUCACUACGACCCAGGGCAUCUCUGAAACGCGAAGAACCUGACGAGGAUCACGAAGACAGUUGGAAACCAUCAACUCGCGGUCGGUCCACCAAACGGCGCCAAAAACCUAAGCCCCUCAGCAGGUAUCGGAGGAAGACGGCCAACGCGCGUGAGAGGAGCCGCAUGCGGGAGAUCAACGAGGCGUUCGAAGCCCUCCGCCGUGCCGUUCCCCACCUGGCGGUGGAGGCACACAACGAGAAGCUGACCAAGAUCACCACGCUCCGGCUGGCCAUGAAGUACAUUUCAGCUCUCAGCGGACUCUUGACCGCGGCGCCCGGCGCCCAGUCUUCGUCAUCGCCGACCACUGCUGCCGAGGCCGCGGCGGCUUCAGCUAUAGCCGCGGCCACGACCACCAUCUGUGGCGGCAGCAUUGGUGGCGGCGGAGGACUCGUCGGGACAGCAGCUAUGUCGUCGUCAUCGGCCUCGCUGCCGAUUACCACCGACCACUUGGCCGCGCUUGGCUGCUGUCUGUCGCCUUCGACGUCCGACGACGUCGACUCGCUGCUCAGCGAGUACGCAUCUGACUUACUCUGCGGCGGCGGUGGCGGUAGCGAGUGCUCCUCCGCUGCGUCCACGGUCGGGUUCCUCGCCGAUCACCACCAUCACCAUCAUUCGGCCGCGUUCCUGCGUGACUUGCCGGGCGCGGCCGCGGCUUAUUCGCUGUCCCCGUCGUCGUGCUCCACGUCGGCCACCGACGUCGUCGGUUUCCCGUCGCCGCUUCUGUCCGCUGACUUCCCGGUGGACGUGGCCGCGGCGUUCAUGCCGUUCGCCGACCACCCGCUACCACCAAUCGACUUCAACGGUGACCCGUACAUGUUCGAAGACAACUUCGCGUGCACCGAGUUUAGCUAG